CGCUGUGGAAAGAUGCGAUCAGCGACGAGAGGAGGCUUUUCCUUAAUUGCUCAUUUCAGUAACAGAGGCUAAAGCAACGCGACAAAUCAGACCUCUGCGGUGUGCCCUGGUUUGAAGCGUGAAGCUCAGCUACACCGACCUCAACGUUUACUCAAGAAAUGCCCCUGUUUUAAGGAGACGACGCAGAUCUUAGCCGGCGGUUUUGGCUCGAGGUAAGCGAGAGCUCCAGUAUGUCCAAGCGGCGCUCGUCGGAGAGGGGGGCUGGAGAGACAUCAGGCAGGGCCAGCAAGCUGCAAUGUCCUGGGAUAUCCGGCAGUAAUGCCAAGAGAGCUGGCCCCUUCGUGCUUGGGCCUCGCCUGGGCAACUCUCCAGUACCAAGUAUAGUGCAGUGUCUGGCCAGGAAAGAUGGCACGGAUGACUUCUAUCAGCUCAAAAUCCUGACACUGGAGGAGCGAGUGGACUCGAAAGGGGAAACUCAGGAGGAGAGACAAGGAAAGAUGCUGCUGCACACAGAAUAUUCUCUUCUUUCUCUGCUACACAACCAGGAUGGAGUGGUCCACCACCACGGCCUCUUCCAGGACCGAGCCUAUGAAAUUGUGGAGGACAUGGAGUCCAACAAAGUACGGAAGAUGAAGAAGCGGAUCUGCCUUGUGUUGGACUGCCUGUGUGCUCAUGAUUUCAGCGACAAGACAGCAGAUCUAAUAAACCUCCAGCAUUAUGUUAUAAAGGAGAAGCGGCUUAGCGAGCGAGAGGCCAUCGUCAUCUUCUACGACGUGGUGCGUGUGGUGGAGGCACUCCAUAAGAAAAACAUUGUGCACAGAGACCUCAAGCUGGGAAACAUGGUGCUGAACAAACGGACUCACCGUAUCACCAUCACCAACUUCUGCCUGGGGAAACACCUGGUGAGCGAAGACGACCUGCUCAAGGACCAGAGAGGAAGUCCUGCCUACAUCAGUCCAGAUGUAUUAAGUGGUCGGCCAUAUCGUGGCAAACCCAGUGACAUGUGGGCCCUUGGAGUCGUUCUCUUCACCAUGUUGUAUGGCCAGUUUCCUUUUUAUGACAGCAUACCUCAAGAACUCUUCCGAAAGAUCAAGGCUGCAGAGUACUCUAUCCCAGAGGACGGUCGUGUGUCAGAGAACACAGUGUGCCUCAUUCGAAAGCUGCUCGUACUGGAUCCUCAGCAAAGGCUGACUGCAGGAGAAGUGCUGGAGUCACUCAGUGGCAUCAUCGCCUCAUGGCAGUCUGUUUCCUCAAUGAAUGGCCCACUACAGGUGGUUCCAGAUAUUGAUGAUCAGGUCAAUAACCCAGAACAUCUGCAAGAGGCCAAGGCAAUCGAAGAGUCUUCACAGUACGAGUUUGAGAACUACAUGCGCCAGCAGCUGCUGCUGGCAGAAGAGAAGAACACUAUCCACGAAGCCAAGAGCUUUCUCACCAAGCGCCAGUUUGGCAGCAUCCCACCUGUAAGGCGUUUGGGCCACGACGCCCAGCCUGUCAGCACGCUAGAUGCUGCCAUCUUAGCCCAACGUUUCCUCCGGAAAUAGCCCCCCGACCCACUCACUCAAGCCUCUCUGGCCCAACCACGAAGUAAGGACACCUGCACAGACCAGAGAGGACUGAGGUGGAAAAGCCCCAAAAGUGAACUGGCAUACAGGAGGCUCUGCAUGAGCUGGCAAACCGACAACCCCAUACGUGGGGUUCUGCAGGCUGGGGUAGAGCAGACAUAAGGUGGGCAUCAGAACAACUUUCCAACUCAGAGCUCCUCUCCCCCUGUAGGGAUCCACCAUACACAUGGAAAGGCCUUGAGGGAACUCUGAAGCGAAGGCUCCUUGCCCUUAGGUUGUCCACUUCAAGUUCUUACUGUGCAACCAAACCCGGUGGCACAGUUGCACAGGGCGUAACACAAAGGUCAACAAGGCUCUGCCUGCAGUGUUGAAGAAACUAUAAUCCCCCGUCCUCUUCCUCCUCCAUCUUUGAGAUCUUCCUACUGUAACAGCCCCACCCCCCCUUUGAUUCUGGGUCCCCUGAGCAAUACAGGUCCAGAAUAAUGUAGCAACCCCCUCUCUCUCCUGAGUGGUUAAAGGUAUUGCCUCUAGUCAGAUUACUUGAUCACAGAUGUCACUUCUGUAUACCUCCAUUCCACCUUCCUUCUCACUCCUUCCUCUGUUUUCCUGUACUGAGAACGGUCCUCAUCUUGUCCAUAACUCUGACUUCAAAUCAAUCUACCUCUUUGUCUCUCUUCUCUGUUGGUAAACGAUGCUCACUGAGACAAGGUAUUGUAACAAUUGAAUUUUGAUGCCACCAGUGACAUAAAGCAUUAAUGUUUUCUGUCAGAGUGAACAUGCUUUGAAACCCCUUUUUUGGUGGUUUCUAAAAAUCUGAAUAAGCUUUUUAUCAUUUACCUGAAUAAGUAGCAUUUUAUCCCUCAAGUUGCAUUGAAGAAAGACCUGAACAUUAAAGCGUGUGAACACACAUCCUUUGAUACCUUUGGGAUGCAUUGUCCCCUGCUUUAGCUCAUCCAUGUGGAAAUCUCUUUUUAGCAUGUAAGCAACUAGCGUGAGAUACCUGGAAGUCACAAUGCCAAGAACUGAAUGGGUAAACCUAUACGAUCCUCCAUGCCAAGGCAUAUUGAUGGUAACUCCUCCGGUGCCGCUAAAACACUGAUCAGGCACCGUUAUGUCUCUGUUGCCAAAAAAUCCUGUCUUAAAUUUACUCUUAGCCAAGGAAACUGGUACUCUCACUCAUUCGGAAUAAUAAAGUGGCUUCCAGGUAUCUUCCCGGUUACUCCUUAUCCAAACAGAUCAUGGGACAAAUGUUUUCAGUAUGAAUGUGAACUGUCAUUUAUCUGGUCUGAUACAUCUGCAGUAUCCACGAGGGUGCAUGGUGUGUGUGUGUGUGUGUUUGUGUCGGCGUGUGUGUGUUUGGACCAGGCAUAAUAAAGAGUCUGUGGAGCCGUCGAGCUGUUAACCCUUUGACGCUCUCUGACACUUUAAGCUUUCCUCCAGUCACCAUGGUGUUCUGUUAUCCGGCCUGCCGUCACUGGCAGACACUGUGAAAACCAGAGCAGGCUCCGCCGCGGCGGGGCUUGACCCGAAUGUUUUUGGGAGUAACACGAAUGCUUUUAAGAUUGGGAAGGAUCACAUAUCGAUUGCCUCUCUUAAGCGCAUCUUGUACAUGCUUGUCUUAUCUCACUAUGUAGGCUCUGUGAGACUAACUGGUGGCUGAUAAUCAAUACUGUAAUAUUUCAUAGUUUAAAAGAAAAACAAUUCAAACUCGCUGAUUUGUAAGUUUGGAUUCUGGGUUUGCUAAGCAUUUUAGAUGGAGUCUUCUAUUAUCACAGCGAUUCUUUAAAUCAUGGCAACGCUACUAACCAGUGACUGUUAGGCAUUUGUACACUGCAUCUUGCCUUUUCGUAUUGGUACCUGCUUUAGGGUCUUUAGACAUCUUCCUAUUUAUAUUCAAACUGAUUGCAUGAACAUAGCCUUUGGAAUUUUUCUGAUAUCUUUACUUGUUCUUUUUUGUUUUUGUUUUUUUUUCUCCCCUUGGAAUUUCAUGUUGAUUUAUUUAUUCACGUGUGUGGACUUCUUCCCCCAAACCACUGGGGCUUGUGUCACAGACAUUGAUUGUAAAACUUUCCUUAAAGUUGUCAGAGACUUGGUGUAACUUUCGCCCGUGAAACAGGCCCCACAGCUGUUUGCUGUCUCAGCUUUAAAACGCAUUGUUCACUCAAAAAGUGCUUCUACUUAAGCCAUCUAAUCUCCAUCCUUUCCACACUCAUUCAUGAAAGAGUAGCAUUUUGUUCUUUUUCCUCUAAAGAUUACUUAAAUAGUUCUUGCCAUUCUGCCGUGACGUUUGUGGUCACCUUAAGCUACACUAAAAUUGAGACUGACUUUUGCAUAGCUCUAUUUUUUAAAGAAAAAAUCUCUCACAUGUUGUCUUGAUUUGUGGGAGGGGGUGUUUGUAGUGUAUUUUGUUCCGCCAUUACCCUCAAAUCCCAACACAAGGCUGCAUUCUCUGGUCAGUAUGUAAAUAAUGUACUAUCAUGACUGCGCCAGUCGUAUUGUAUGUACAGUAGUUCCACCCAGUGACUUACCAACUCUGUUUCAACACAUUUUUGAUCGAUGUGUAUUUUAGGCCACGUUGGCCGUCAAACCACCACAUCUGGAGGCUAAAAUAAUCUGAAAUAAUGAGAGCUGUCAGCUUUCUUGCACCUCAAUGUGAAUUCCAUGGGUAUACAGCAGUAUUGUAGUCGUCUACGUUGUUCAUCAGAAAACAGGUUGCCAUCUGGACUCCGUAGCCCCUCGCUGAACGCUGACAUCAAGUGACUGUCUUUCAAAAGUGUCACACACCAUCUUCCAUGAGACGUGGCUACAGAUUAGUAACUGGAGGUCCGUAAUUGUUGUUAAUUGUCUCUCCGAAUCCAAAAGUGUUUCAUUUUUCGAGCUAGUGGACUGUUCCACGCUGAAUAUUUGUUUUACAGAGUUGUAUCGGUAGACUGCAUUGUGGACUGAAAAGCAUGGACAUUAGUUUGGUGUUAAACUCGAUAGAAAUAAAACAUGUUACUGUUGCAUGAUUUUGAACCUGCAAGGUCCACCAGAGCAAAGUAAAUUAGAUUUUUUUUGUUCACCCCUUUGGGUCAAGAAAAGAACACACCUAGAUCUAAAGGCCAAAUUAUUAGCCCCAACUGAAUCAGUAGAACAACGUUAUUAAUGUUUAUUAUAUAAAUAAAUUAAAUAUACCCUCUUUAAAAAAACAAAACAAAAAAAAACAAUUUUUUUUCACCUGGAGUCUAAAAUUGUCAGCAUAUAUCUGAUGUAUUGCUGCCUGUUCUCACUGGAAACGUGGUGCAGGUUCUGAAAAUGUGGUGGCGUUUAAACCCAAUGGGACAAUGUGUUGUAAGCUGCUUGGUUGGACAUGGGCAUCUAAAUACAGAAAACUGAUUAAUUGUACAGAUUAAAACAUGUUUGUAUAAAAUACAUAUUUUUCUACAUCAUCAGAUCUCUACAUGCAUGUCAGCAAUAAACUUUGAUAU